AUGAGCAAUGCCCUGGAUUUUUCUGUGCAACGUGGUCUCAAAGACCAGUCCCACCUGAGCAUGCAUUCCUUUCUUCUGACAACUCAUAUGACCACCACCAGACAUGAAGGCAUAGUCAGUGCUAUUUUCUUGCCUCAUCAUAAUACGGUCUCUCAAUGGAUUUCAAGGCAAUUAAAUCUUCUGGAUGAAGGGAUUUAUGAGUGUUACACACACACACACACACACACACACACACACAGAGUGGUGCUAAAGGUGGGAGUAACUUUCCACAUACCUGUAAUGAAGUAUGAAAAUAGAAACACAAGCAGCUUCCUGAAGUGUUGUGUGUUUCAUGUUUAUCCUCUUCCACAUAUCACAUGGAAAUGCUUUUGUCCCUAAAUCCCUAAAGGAGGAUUUCAUUAUUUGGAUUCAUUCUAUAUCAACAGUAUGGUGAACAUUACAGGAUCAAACUCAUCUUAUGAAUGUAGUAUUGAAAGCUCAUUUUUAAAGCAAACAUGGAUAGGGCGAUGGAUACUGAAAGAGAACCUUCAUAAGCUGCAAGGUGAACACAUUUCACUCUCAUAUGAAAUUGUCAGAAGUCUUUUUCCACCUAAUCAAAACUUCAAUGUUACUUGGUGCAGAAUAGAAAAUAGGAAUUCCUUUAUCUUGGUUUGCUAUUGGAGCUCUUCACAAACUGCUACUAUUAAUGAAUCUUGAUUCUCGUGGAACAAAAAACUGAUAAAGACUUUAAGAGAUCUUAGUCCUUCAGACAGUGGAAAAUAUUUAUGCAACAUUUUUUCAAGUGAACGAACUUUACUCCCUGUCUACUAACUGCAUGUAGAUCAGUUGCAGUUGCAAGUAGAGUUGGCUAGCAUCAACUUACACAUGGAUUCUCAGAUAUUGGAAGCAUCUAACAGUAAAAUGAAGCAGCUGAGUGGAGAGUCGGGGGUCAUAGAAACUGUCUUCACCUUUAUGAUCACCAAAAUUGUCUUUAUUUUUGCUCUGUUAGGAAAUGGCAUUCUCAGCAGAGUAAAUGACAGGAGUAGAGGCACAGAAGCAAAACUUCAAGGUUGCAUUGGAGUUAGUGGGUCAUGCUACCUGUUGAGAACAAGAACUAGUACAGAACAGGAGAACGAGAGAAGGCCCAGCUGA